AUGCAAGGCGCUGUCAGCGUGUCGGGGAACAGCUGGCGGGCGCGGCGCUGGACAGGUUCUAGUUCCUUUGAAUCUCAGAAGAUGGAAAGGCCUUCCAUUUCUGUAAUUUCUCCAACAAGCCCUGGAGCUCUCAAAGAUGCGCCACAAGUCUUACCAGGACAACUUUCUGUGAAGCUGUGGUAUGACAAAGUGGGCCACCAGCUGAUUGUCAAUGUUCUGCAAGCAACAGAUCUACCCCCAAGAGUAGAUGGGCGUCCCAGGAAUCCCUAUGUAAAAAUGUAUUUUCUUCCAGAUAGAAGUGAUAAAAGUAAAAGGCGAACCAAAACAGUAAAGAAAGUACUAGAACCAAAAUGGAACCAGACUUUUGUGUAUUCACAUGUGCAUCGUAGAGAUUUCAGAGAACGGAUGUUGGAAAUAACCGUGUGGGACCAGCCCAGGGUGCAAGAAGAGGAGAGUGAAUUCCUUGGAGAGAUCCUCAUAGAGUUGGAGACGGCGCUUCUAGAUGAUGAGCCUCAUUGGUAUAAACUUCAGACUCACGAUGAAUCCUCACUACCUCUGCCUCAGCCGUCACCCUUCAUGCCACGGCGACACGUCCACGGGGAGAGCGCCAGCAAAAAGCUGCAAAGGCCAGCCAGGCCCCAUGACCGUCGCCCGCCUGGCCUGGGUGCCUCUGCAGGGCUGUGGUCCGCCAAGCUGCAGAUUGGCCGAGUCCCAGGUCAAGACCUCGUCCUCUGGGGAGUGGUGGCCAAUCCGGAGAAAUCUGUCCCCGGACGGGUCCUUUCCCCCGGCUGGUGGGACACGCCCUGCCAGUGCCGUCGCAGCAGCGGGUCUGACCACCUGAAGGCCACCGGGCAGGCCGACCCUAGUUUCCGGCUGCCCAUCCAGUUGCUGGACACAGACCAGCCAUCUCUCAGCCCUCGGCUUCCACCCUGGGGGCACCAGGGCCUGGGGAAAGUGACAGAGACCCAGGAGUGA